AUGGCGCUUAUGUCAGUGACAUAUCUAUUGCAAUUGCAAUGCAAUGUUUUAUAAUCAGAUUUCUUUUUGUUAUAGCCCUUUUCAAGUAUAAUUAUAGAAUAAAACAGUGAUUAUGUCGUCUAAUAAUUUGUCAUCAGUUUUAAAAUCAUGUUCGGAGAGUGAAUUAAUAAACGAAGUUGCGGAUAAUAACAUGACACCAAAACAGGUGGAAGGAUCCCGACUAAAAAGGACCUUUACGUUGCCUCGCAAUCCCUUUGGUACCUCUAAACCAGGAUCCAGCAAAAGUAAGAGCAAUGAUAGCGACAAUAAGCAAGUCAGUGCCAGCUCUACAAUCGCAGAAUCCGCGAAGGACGACGGUGUAAUAGAGAGGAAGUUGUUUAGAAGGCCAUCAUGGAAGCGAUUUCUGAACAAAAUAGCUCAACAUAUGAGCACCGUUAAUGUGUCCGGGGUAAAAUCAGCCCCAGCAGUAUUGAAUGGAGAGAGAGUUCCAUGCAGCGGUGACCCUCCAUGGCCCCCAGGCUCCACUCCAGCUGCUACAGGCAUCAAAAACCAUGGCAACACUUGUUACAUGAAUGCUGUACUGCAGUGCCUUUCACAUACUGAUGUUAUUGCGGAAUAUUUUGUGCUAGAUCAUUACAAGGUAGACUUACAAAAAAGGAAUAAAAUUAAUUCUAAAAAAUAUGGCACAAAGGGUGAGGUAACAGAACAACUGGCAACUCUUCUGAAAGCUCUCUGGGCUUGUAGGUACACGCCUGACAUGAGUACUGCAUUCAAGGGUGCAGUGGAGAGGCAUGGCAUGCAGUAUAGAGGGAACAGCCAACAUGAUGCACAAGAGUUUCUUUUUUGGUUGCUAGAUAAGGUUCAUGAAGAUCUAAACACUGCCACUAAAAAGAAAUAUAAAACCAUUAAGAACACGUGUGGUAAACCUGACGAGGUGGUAGCUGCGGAAACAUUAGCUAAUCAUGCUAGACGAAAUAGUUCAUUUGUCCAGGCAGUAUUUCAAGCUCAAUACCGGUCGGCAUUGACAUGCGCGAAGUGUGAACGGACAUCGUGUACAUUCGACCCUUUCCAUUGCGUGAGCGUUCAGCUACCUCCCAGGCCGGCCGCUGCACAAAUCUCCCCCUUACCUGUUAAUGUUGUAUAUGUGAACCAACAACCCCGCCAAGUCCGCAUCGGCAUAGAACUAAAGCCCAACUCCACAAUGGAAGACCUGCGAACAACCCUACACACUGAUACUGGCAUCGAACGUGAUAACAUAAUUCUGGCUGAAAUCAAUGAAACUGGCUGGUGCGUCGCGCGCGCGGGGUGGGAGCCGGCGGGCUUGGAUUUUGGCGCGCUGUAUUGUAUGGAGGCGCCGCCACUACUUCAAACACCGACCACGCCUUAUCUGCUCAUACUCUGGGUCAACUUACUCGACGGGGAGCGUUUCGGGUCACCAUACGCGAUGCAAGUGCCCCGCGAGACGUCAUACGAAGACCUACAGAAGUUGCUACUUAAGGAAAUGAGCGCGGUGGUGGCCGAGCGCGUGCUGGAAGGUGCGCAGGGCGCCGACAUUUUCCGCGCGCGCAUUGCGGAGGCGCACCGACCCAGGGACCCCGCCUACUUGCAACCCGAGCUUCCCCACCCCUUGUUCGCGCUGGACGUGGAGCAGGCGCUGUGUGCGCACGACAAGCACCCGCACCUCCGACUCGAACUGUUGUGGGACCCGGCGCACAGAGACAGUAUAAUCCGGGACCCACUAGAAGCGUGCGAGGUGCACGUGUCGGCGCACAACUCGGCCGCGCCGCUGACGCUGCACGCGUGCCUCGCGCACUACACGCGCGCUGAACAGCUGGCCCAGGAGGACGCUUGGCGGUGCCCCCAAUGCCAAAGGUAUAUGCCAGUCGUUAAGACGCUCGGCCUCUGGUCGCUGCCUGAUAUCUUGGUCAUUCAUCUCAAACGGUUUCGGCAGCAAGCCAAGUGUCGCACGAGUACAAAGUUGACGACGAUGGUGGAGUUUCCCCUCAGCGAGCUGGACAUGACGCCGCACCUGGCGGCGCGCGGUGGGGGCGGCGCGGGGGACUCGGCCGGACACUCGCGCUCGCCCCGCCGCCGCGCCUCGCGGCCCAGCGCGCCCGCCGACAACACCUACGACCUGUACGCCGUCUGCUACCACCACGGCGACGACCUCGAGACCGGCCACUACACCGCCGCCUGCCGCAACCCCUACGACGACACCUGGUACAAGUUCGACGACUCGCGCGUCACGCCCGUCGACCGCGACGACGCGCAGGCCGAGCUCGUCAACAACACCGCCUACAUGCUCUUCUACCGGCGCAGGAAGCCCACCGUCGCGCACGCGCGCGUCUCCGACGACGGCGGCCACUGGGCGCUCCGGAUGCCGAGAUACGUGAAGCGCCCGAGCGAGACCUUGAACGAGAUCCCCGAGGUCCGGGACGAAGUCGCCGACGACGCGAAGAUCGAGGCCCCCGGCGACGAGCCCGAGUCCGAGUCGGAGGUGACGCCGCCGACGCGCAGCCCCUCGGCGCGCAGCGUCGCGAGCCUGCCGGACGACGCCGCGGAGCCGCGCCCGGCCGACCCCGCUCCCGUCGCACACGACACCCCCGGCGUCCGGUCCCCGACCCUGCAGCGCCCGCUGAUAGUCGAAGUGAACGGCAACCGGCCGAGCGGCAGCGCGAGCGAGUGCGACAACGAACCUAGCGCGUCCGCCGAGCCGUACAUCCACAAGGACGUGCACGUGAACCCGAAGAUGACGCCCGUGGACGGGCGGCGGCCGCGCUCGGUGGACUACCCGGGCGGCGCGCGCGCGGCGCGCGACGCCAACCGCAACUACGACAGCUCGCCGCUCGUGGCCAGCAUCAACGGCGUCGAGUACCACCCCACCACCGAGGACCUCGUGCUCACCAUGUUCCAGGACUCCAAGUACAUCGUCCCGCGCCACGCCAACAUCGCCGGGGAAUCUCAUAGAACAGGUGAAAAGUCUUCCGUUUGGAAAACUCGAAUAUCCACAUGAGAGCAACAGGUACCACUGAAGGGUCAAAUGCGGUCCUACCCAUUAUUUAUUUCCUAUUUAACCAUAGAUCUGAUUGUUUUUUGUAGUUGACAGUUAAUUUAUUAUGUUUUAUAGAGUUUGCUGUAAGAAUAUGUAACGAGACAUUAAAUAUUGAUUACGAAUUACUCUGCAGCAAAGUUUGUUCAGUAAAUCUGGUCGUUAAUUACAUACUAGCCAACUCUAUAAAUUAUACAAGACUACAAGAUUAUAGAAGAAUACAAGACUUUAUAAAUUGGAGCAAGGCUCAAAUCUUGCCGGAGAACAGAUAUUGCUGCAGAGCACUUUUAGGUCUAUUUGGCGAAACUACAAUUUGACCAGAAGGAAGACCAACUUUUCUAAGCUCUUGUUGAACGUACUAACUUUGCCAAUUGAGGCUAAAAAGAUCAUGUAGUUUCGUAAAACGGACCAAUGAACUUUUUAUUAUAUUUAAUUUUUGAAUAACGAUAUACAAUUUGGAAUCUUUAAUUCGUUGAUUACACAUGCCAAAGAUUUACUAAAACCGCAUAAUAUUGGACCAGUUUCGAUAAUUACAUAACGUAAAGCAUUGUUGUGGUGUAGUGUCGUGUAUAGGCUGUAGUUAACAGUAAUACCGUAGGUAGCGGGCGUUAUCAAAUUUUCAUAACAAAUACCACACUAGUGCCUUGGCCCUUGGGAUGUUGUGAUUUUAAAAAUAUAAAACACCAUAUUUGCUGAUUUACAAUAGGUAUCUAGUAGGAGUUAAUAGUUCUAUAUGGGUCUCACCACAUGUGUCAACACGGAGAUUCUUUCGGCACGUUUCGGCUUUCCUCUUACCAGUAUGGGGUUUUGACGAAUCCGCGUCGACAUAUAUGGGGAGGCCCAGGUCGUUUAGCAUACGACCGGUACUAUCCAAGUGAUAUAAUAGUGGAAUUGCAGCAGGUUUCGGUCGGUAAAGGGAAUAUUAUUUGGGCAGCAGCCUCCACCGGGAACGACUUGCAAGGUAUCAUGUGAUUUAUCAAUAAUUAUAAUUUAUUUACGAAAUAUUGUAUAUAUUGGCUUUUAUACUUUGUUUCUACAGAUCACAAAUUACUUAUUGAGUUAAAAAUGUAAAUACUGAAAAUAAUAUUUUCAUAUUUGCACAUAGGUUAGAUUAUGUAAGCUGCACUUGAUUGUGAAGGUUUUGUUUAUAAUUUAUGUUGAAAUUGAUUUAUUUAAAAGACAUUGUUAUAAGCGUACAAGUAUCAGACUUAAUGGCCUAAACGGUACCUGUGAUCAUCUUGUCAGGGAUGCAUUGUGCUUCAUUUAAUCAUUAAAAGUAAAUCUAAUAAUAUAUUUGACCCAAUACUCUGGAAAGUGAUUCUUGCUGUGUAAGGCUGGCUCUCAUUAUUAAAUAUUAUAAUUUUAUUUUUAAAUGAUUCGAAGGUAUACGACCAGUGUCAUAAAUAUAUACCCAUUCAAGGUUUGUUAUACAAUAGCAGCUAUUGAUAUUAGGAAUUGUUUAAUCAAAUCUGCAUUACAUAUAAAUAUUGCGAUAAAUAUAAAAACAUCACAUACAUUCAUCAAAAUUGAAGAUUCAUUCUCAAUCCAUGCGAUGGUCGUACAAUCUCCGAAUAUGUAUUGUGUUAUUUGUUUUAAUUUAAAGAUGUUUAUUUUACUUUCACAACGUUAUUUAAAAUAUAAGUGUUAUGUACCUACACGAA